AUGUCAAAUAACACUACAGAGAACUCGACUAACCCUCACUCAGCUCUUCUAGGUGUGUUCCUGGGAAGCAUUUCACUGAUCACUAUUGUCAUGAAUAUAUUAGUACUAUGUGCUGUGAAAACUGAAAAGAAGCUGCAAACAGUUGGCAAUUUAUACAUUGUCAGCCUCUCUAUUGCAGAUCUUAUAGUUGGUGCAGCUGUUAUGCCCUUGAAUAUUGUUUACCUGCUAAGUCCUGUGUGGAAUCUAGGCUUACCAGCCUGUUUGUUCUGGCUGUCGAUGGAUUAUGUGGCCAGUACUGCGUCCAUUUUCAAUCUCUUCAUAUUAUGCAUUGACCGUUAUCGUUCAGUUCAGCAACCACUGAAAUAUCUGAAGUAUAGAACAAAAAUGAGAGCAUCACUAAUGAUUUUGGGGGUUUGGUUGAUCUCUUUCAUGUGGGUCAUUCCAAUCCUAGGAUGGCACGUUUUUGCUAAUAAUGGAGAAAGGAAAGUAGAGGAAGACAAGUGUGAAACUGAAUUCUCUGAAGUCACCUGGUUUAAAGUUUUGACAGCAAUUGUCAAUUUCUACCUACCCUCUAUCAUGAUGUUAUGGUUCUACUAUAAAAUAUUUAAAGCUGUUCGCAAACACUGUCAACACCGAAAGCUCACUGAUGGAUCAUAUCGGUCUUUCUCUGAAAAAAACCUCACACAUCAUAAUAAGACGAAGGAGGAAGGAAAUAUUUGCCUCCAAAGGCAAAUCUUAGAUGAGAAUACCCCUCCGAAAGACAAGCAAAGUUCCCCUCAGCCCAAAAAUAUGGAGGCAGAGCUUCAUUUCAGUAAUCCCGACAAGUCUCCAAAGACAUACGUUAGCAAGAGUAAUAAGAAAGUCCUUAAAUGGAGCUGUUUUCCUCUUGCCACUGCCCAUUCUGAGCCAGGCCUGGAUAAAGCAGGAAGGAAGUGCAUGUGCAUAACAGAAGAUGACAAAAAUGAAGAGGAGCCUUGCUCACAAGACAGUGACUUAAGUGAUGCAUCAGACAACCAUACUUUCACGGAUGAGGUACCCUGUAGAGAGCACUCCAAUCCCAACGCUGGAAGAGCCUGCAGUCCUCAGGAAAAAUCUGAGAACAGGGAUUUCAGAGGACUGACUUACCUGAGGAAAACCUGGCAAAGUCUGCAUACCCAUUCCAAAAGGCACAUUCAAGGACUGCAUGGGAACAGGGAGAGGAAAGCAGCUAAGCAGUUAGGGGUGAUAAUGGCAGCUUUUAUGCUGUGCUGGAUUCCCUAUUUUGUACUAUUUAUGGUAAUCGCUUUCCAUGGCCAUGAACAAUUUUCAAAACUGCACAUGUUCACUAUAUGGCUUGGCUAUGUGAACUCCACCUUAAAUCCAUUCCUGUAUCCUCUUUGUAACCAGAAUUUCAAGAAGACAUUCAAAAAGAUCCUUCACAUUCACUGA